UUAUGAUUCGUUAUCUCUAAAACCGAUCAACCCCGACUCUUCGUAUAAACAAGCCGAUGAUAGUAUCGUGCGGCAAAGGCAGGGGCGCUUGACGGAGAGUAACGAGGCUAACAGACAGCUCAACACUGGAAGAAAUAAGGAAAAGAGGGAUACGAGUGUUCUCAUGAACGGAUUGCCCUCACACGGGGAAGAUGAGCAGAUCCUGCACGGCCCGUAGUCCGAUGAAUAAGAGCGGCUAUGGGAACGCGGAUAUGUCGCCGCUGUCCUCUCACGAUUGAUGGUUUUACUUUUUGUGUGUCCCUUCAUUGGAUUUUAUGACGGUUGGAUUGGUCUUCUCGCACUGAAAUGCUAGUAAUGGCUCUGACGGAAAAGAUGACACCUUACCAGUGAGCUCCAAACCAAUCGAUCAUUGUGAUCUGUUUCUUUGCAUCCGACUAGAAGCAUAUGUCGUUUAAAAGAAAUAAGAAUUAACAUAGGACAUCUCGCAUAUGUAUGUAGUGGAGAUCGCAAAUGCAUGCGAGUAAACGUGAUCGAGAGGUGACCGAAGCCAGAUUAUAGCUAUACCGUGCCAAAUAUUGCGGAUGUUACAAAAUAAAUAAAUAAUUCGAUUUUUAUCCUAUUUUUCCAAUAACAUGAUAUUGCAAUCAUUGCAAUGUAUCGUUGAGAAGUCAACUCAAAUGAUUGCUCUUGCAUUUUUCUUCUCUUCAGGUUAUUAAACCUAGAUCGUAUAAAUGAUAGUGGUAUAAUUACAACCUGAGGAGAAGCAAGCGAAGCAAGAGAGGGACAGUUGUGGAGAUAUGAGAAUGGAGCAACGGAAAAAGAGAGAUUUACCCAAUAAUUACUACGCCUUGGAAAUAUACAGUGCAUGAUUUUGGACAUGAAAUGAGAUGAUGAUGAUGAUGGACCAUUUUGUAAAUUGAAAGGUGCAACGAACCUGUGAACUACAGAACAUAGCCUUGGGCACGAUUUUUGCUUGUAUUUUGUUCGUUUGAUUUUUAAAUCAUUUUCUCUGCCAGAAAAUACAAGCAUCAGCUCCUGGAUCCUAAACGUGACGUAAAAGCCAGGAAGACAAAUGUACACUCCAGUUAUACACGUAUUAAGUUUUGAAGCAGAUGGGAUGUAAUGUGGUGUGGUCGCGUUGAAUAUUCACCCUCUUUUCUCCUGCUUCGUGAAGACUGGCAUUUGGUGUCUAUAGAAUGGCUAGGUUCGGAGAUGAGGUGCCGUCCAGGUAUGGUGGAGGACCGGGACACGCUCAAGGGGGACCCGGCCGCGGCGGCAGCAGGCAGGGCGGCCCGCCGGGUCCUCAUCAGAGAGUGUACAAGCAGUCGAUGGCCCAGCGUGCCAGAACUAUGGCCCUGUACAACCCAAUACCAGUGCGGCAAAACUGCUUCACCGUCAACCGAUCUCUGUUCAUCUUCAGCGAGGACAACUUUGUGAGAAAAUACGCCAAAAAGAUCACCGAAUGGCCUCCAUUUGAGUACAUGAUCCUGGCUACCAUCAUCGCUAACUGCAUCGUCCUGGCCCUGGAACAGCAUCUUCCAGAUGGUGACAAGACCCCUAUGUCAGAGCGCUUGGAGGACACAGAACCCUAUUUCAUCGGCAUUUUCUGUUUUGAGUCGGGCAUUAAGAUCUUGGCUCUGGGCUUUGCCUUCCACAAGGGUUCCUACCUACGAAACGGCUGGAAUGUUAUGGACUUUGUAGUGGUGCUUACUGGAAUCCUUUCCACAGUGGGCUCGGACUUUGACCUGAGGACCCUGCGUGCUGUUCGAGUAUUGAGACCUCUUAAACUGGUGUCUGGGAUUCCCAGCCUGCAGGUGGUGCUCAAAUCCAUCAUGAAGGCCAUGAUCCCUCUCCUGCAGAUUGGUCUGCUGCUUUUCUUUGCCAUCCUUAUGUUCGCGAUCAUUGGUCUGGAGUUCUACCUGGGCAAAUUCCAUACCACUUGCUUUGACAUCAACACCGGUGAAAUCCGUGAGGAGUUUCCAUGCGGGGAUGAUCCUCCCUCUCGACUCUGUCCUAAUGGAACAGUGUGUAGACCGUACUGGCUAGGACCUAACUAUGGUAUCACCCAGUUUGACAACAUCCUUUUUGCUGUCCUCACAGUCUUCCAAUGCAUUACCAUGGAGGGCUGGACCGACCUGUUGUACUAUAGCAAUGAUGCUUCGGGGAGUGCAUGGAACUGGAUGUACUUCAUCCCUCUCAUCAUCAUCGGCUCUUUCUUCAUGCUUAAUCUUGUUCUGGGUGUGCUGUCAGGGGAGUUUGCCAAAGAGAGGGAACGGGUGGAGAACAGGAGCGAGUUUCUGAAGCUCAGGCGUCAGCAGCAGAUAGAGAGAGAGCUAAAUGGAUAUCUGGAGUGGAUCUGCAAAGCAGAAGAAGUGAUUCUGGCUGAUGAUGAUGACACAGAUGACCGGAUUCCAUUUGAUGGCUCAAGACGAAGGCCCACCAUCAAGAAGAGUAAAACAGACCUGCUUGAUGCUGAGGAUGGAGAUGGUGACAUAGGUUCUCCGUUUGCACGGGGCAGUCUGAAGAGCUCCAGGCUGGAAGGCUCCUCCUUCCAUAAAAAGGAGCGCCGACUGAGAUUCUUCAUAAGGCGCAUAGUUAAAUCGCAGGCGUUCUAUUGGAUCGUGCUGUGUCUGGUGGGACUCAACACAUUGUGCGUAGCUGCCGUGCAUUAUGACCAGCCCGACGUGCUCUCAGAUUUCCUCUACUUUGCUGAAUUCAUCUUUUUGGGGAUCUUCAUGUCAGAGAUGUGUAUUAAGAUGUAUGGGCUGGGAACCAGGCCUUAUUUUCACUCCUCCUUCAACUGUUUUGACUGCAUUGUCAUUUGUGGGAGCAUUUUCGAGGUGCUCUGGGCUAUGAUCCAGCCAGGAACCUCGUUUGGGAUCAGUGUGUUGCGAGCUCUCAGGUUACUGAGGAUCUUCAAAGUGACAAAGUAUUGGGCUUCACUGAGGAACCUGGUGGUGUCUUUGUUGAACUCCAUGAAGUCCAUCAUCAGUUUACUCUUCCUCCUCUUUCUCUUCAUCGUAGUCUUUGCUCUGUUGGGCAUGCAGCUGUUUGGAGGACAGUUUAAUUUUGAAUCAGGCACACCACCAACAAACUUCGACACGUUUCCUGCUGCAAUAAUGACAGUGUUUCAGAUCCUGACGGGUGAAGACUGGAACAUGGUGAUGUAUGAUGGGAUUGAGUCUCAGGGCGGAGUCAGAAAGGGCAUGGUGUUUUCGGUCUUCUUCAUUGUUCUGACGCUCUUUGGCAACUACACUCUUCUCAAUGUAUUCCUGGCCAUCGCUGUGGACAAUCUGGCCAAUGCGCAAGAGCUGACUAAGGAUGAACAGGAGGAAGAGCAGGCAGCCAAUCAGAAGAUGGCUCUUCAGAAGGCAAAGGAAGUUGCUGAGGUCAGCCCACUAUCUGCAGCCAACCUCUCCAUCGCAGCCGUGACAGUAAGCUCUGAGCGUCUCGACGCAACAGAAAACUUUCUGGACUGUAAGGAGCAACAGAAGAACAAUAAAGGUUGUAAGUCAGUAUGGGAGCAGCGCACUGUUGAGUUGAGAAGGCAGACCCUGAUGAACAGCAGAGAGGCUCUUUACAAUGAGUUGGAGCCUGAAGAGCGCUGGAAGGUCUCGUACUCCCGUCACAUUCGACCUGACACGAAGACCCACCUGGAUCGGCCGCUGGUCGUUGACCCUCAGGAGAACCGCAACAACAACACCAACAAAACCCGGCCGGGCGAAGGCCAGCCGCAGCGCUCUCAUCAGCUCCUUCACAAGCAGCCCAAUUUCAACGAUGGAGAGAACGAAGGUGGGGGAUCUGGGCCCUGGUUGGAAAGGGGAGAUUCCACAGGAUCACGUAGAAGUCUAUUGGGCUCUGAGAACCAGCAGGCGGAGGCUGAAGUAAGAGGUUCCCACCGCAAACAUCAGCAUGGAGAGCGUUGCAGCCAAUCCCGACAACAUCGCAAAGCCCCAGAAGAGGAGGGAGAGGGUGGAGGAAGGAGACACAGGAAGGGCAGGGAAAGAGGACCUGAUGGCGAGCAUGCUGAUGGUGGAGAUUGCAAACACAGACGCCGUCGACAUGAGGGCGACGGACGGAAAGAGAGAGGGGAGAGGGUGCGACACCGUGCCAGGAAGGAUGGUUACAGCGGCGGUCCCACCCUAUCCACAACCCGCCCCAUUCAGAAGACUCUGUCCAGGCAGGACAGUCAAUACAGUGAAGAUUUGGACAAUGCCAUGAACAACAACAAACUUGCCACCCAACCUCCCAGUAACUCCACCCCGCAUGACAGUCUGCUCAAUCUUGCCAACAGUGCCCACACGGCCAGCAUGGCACAUACCGGCACUGAGAGCAGCCUUACCAACCCUGCCUCUACCAUUGCUAAUACUGCCAGCACUGGUAACCUGGGCAUGACACCCGAGUAUACUGCCGUUGACAUGGCACCCAUGUUUCCAUCUCGUAACGCCAUUCUGCAAGUCAAUAGAAACGCCAACACUGAGCCUCUGCCCAAGAAGGAAGAUACCAAGGAUGAUGAUGAUGAUGGCAAAGAUGAUGGUGGGCCUAAACCCAUGCCACCCUACAGCUCGAUGUUCAUCUUAUCUACCACAAACCCGUUUCGGAGGAUGUGUCACUAUAUCGUCACUCUCAGAUAUUUUGAGAUGUGUAUCCUGUUGGUCAUCGCAAUGAGCAGUAUUGCCCUUGCUGCUGAGGAUCCUGUCUGGCCCGAAUCCCCUCGAAACAAUGUCCUGCGUUACUUUGACUAUGUCUUCACUGGUGUGUUCACCUUUGAGAUGCUUAUUAAGAUGGUGGAUUUAGGUCUGCUCAUGCACCCAGGCUCAUAUUUCCGUGACCUGUGGAACAUCCUGGACUUUAUAGUGGUUAGUGGUGCCCUGGUGGCGUUUGCCUUCACCGGAGGCACCGGGGGAAGCAGCAAGGGAAAAGAUAUCAGCACCAUCAAGUCUCUGCGUGUGCUCAGAGUGUUGAGGCCCCUGAAAACCAUCAAGCGUCUGCCCAAGCUGAAGGCGGUUUUUGAUUGUGUGGUGAACUCUCUAAAGAACGUGCUGAACAUCCUCAUUGUCUACAUGCUGUUCAUGUUCAUCUUUGCUGUUGUGGCGGUACAACUUUUUAAAGGCCGAUUCUUCUACUGUACAGAUGAAUCUAAAGAGUUUGAGCGAGACUGCAGGGGCGAGUAUCUGGUCUAUGAAAGAGAUAAUGAAGUGAGGGCGCAGAAGCGGGAAUGGAAGAAAUACGAUUUCCACUACGACAAUGUGCUUUGGGCCCUUCUUACCCUCUUCACCGUAUCUACGGGAGAGGGGUGGCCGCAAGUCCUAAAACAUUCAGUGGAUGCGACCUACGAGAAUCAGGGCCCUAGCCCAGGUUACCGGAUGGAAAUGUCCAUCUUUUACGUGGUGUACUUCGUGGUCUUCCCCUUCUUCUUCGUCAACAUCUUCGUUGCUCUCAUCAUCAUAACAUUCCAGGAGCAAGGAGACAAGAUGAUGGAGGACUAUAGUCUGGAAAAGAAUGAGAGAGCCUGCAUAGACUUUGCCAUCAACGCCAGGCCGCUGACACGCCAUAUGCCACAGAACAAGCAAACCUUCCAGUAUCGCAUGUGGGAGUUUGUGGUGUCUCCUCCAUUUGAAUACACCAUCAUGGCCUUGAUUGCCCUCAACACCAUUGUCCUUAUGAUGAAGUAUCAUGGAGCAUCAACUGCCUACGAAAGUGUGUUAGCCAUACUGAACAUAGUGUUCACCUCGCUGUUCUCCAUGGAGUGCAUAUUGAAGAUCAUUGCCUUUGGAGUGCUGAAUUACUUCAAAGACGCUUGGAACAUCUUCGACUGUGUGACUGUACUUGGCAGCGUCACUGAUAUUUUAGUGACAGAGCUCGGGAACAACUUUAUAAACCUGAGUUUUCUGAGGCUCUUCAGAGCAGCUCGUCUCAUCAAACUUCUCAGGCAGGGUGAGACCAUACGCAUCCUCCUCUGGACCUUCGUCCAGUCUUUCAAGGCUCUGCCGUAUGUGUGCCUACUCAUCGCCAUGCUGUUCUUCAUCUAUGCCAUCAUCGGCAUGCAGCUGUUUGGGAACAUUGCUAUUGAAGAGGAUGGCGAGAGUGCCAUUAACCAGCACAACAACUUCAGGACGUUUUUCCAGGCGCUGAUGCUGCUCUUCAGGAGUGCUACGGGUGAGGCGUGGCAUGACAUCAUGCUGUCAUGUCUAGGAAAGAAAAAGUGUGAUCAGCUGUCUAGUAACGAUAAGCCUGAAUGCGGGAGCGAGUUCGCCUACCUUUACUUCGUCUCCUUCAUCUUCCUCUGUUCCUUUCUGAUGCUGAAUCUGUUCGUGGCUGUAAUCAUGGACAAUUUUGAGUAUCUUACACGUGACUCCUCCAUCCUGGGUCCUCAUCACCUGGACGAGUAUGUGAGGAUAUGGGCGGAGUAUGAUCCUGCUGCUUGCGGGCGCAUUCAUUAUAAGGAUAUGUACAGUUUAUUGCGAGUUAUCGACCCCCCUCUGGGCUUAGGCAAGAAAUGUCCUCAUAGGGUGGCCUGCAAGAGACUGUUGCGGAUGGAUCUGCCGGUUGCCGAUGACAACUCAGUGCACUUUAAUUCCACCCUUAUGGCCUUAAUCCGAACCGCUCUGGACAUCAAGAUCGCCAAGGGAGGUAUAGAUAAACACCAGAUGGAUGCUGAACUUAGGAAGGAGAUGAUGGCGAUAUGGCCCAAUCUUUCCCAGAAGACGUUGGACUUACUGGUGACGCCCCACAAGUCAGCGACAGACUUGACAGUAGGAAAAAUCUAUGCUGCCAUGAUGAUCAUGGAGUAUUACAGACAAAGUAAAGCCAAACGGACGCAGGCCCUGCACGAUGCGCAGAAUCGAACGCCAUUAAUGUUUCAGCGUCUGGAGCCGCCAUCUCCGAGCCAGGACGUUGGACUCACUGGACUUCCGGACCCACAGAACCACACAACUAAUCAUCUGGGUGUUGAUGAAGGGAUCCCCGCGAGCCAGUCAUGGGUGACGGCCAGAGCUCAGGAGAUGUCACAGAAAGCAGGAAGCUGGAGUCCUGAAGGCCAGCACGUAGAUGACACAGUAGAUAACCGCAGACAAUCUCAGCAGACAGUAGAGAUGAGAGAGAUGGGCCGGGAAGAGUUCUCGGACACUGAGCACUUUCUGCCGAUGGAAGGCCAUGGCAGGGCUGCUUCCAUGCCUCGACUCCCAGCAGACAACCAACAGACCAUCACCGAUAACAGUCCUAUGAAACGCUCUGCUUCAUCUCUGGGACAUGGUCGCCAGGGCCGGUCAGUGAGGGGUGAGGACUACGCCAUGGAUAGGGCCAUCCCAGAAGAAGGACACAGACAUGGGCAUCGACACAGAGAUCGCAGUCAUCGCGCAUCUGAGCGCUCUCUUAGCCGUUAUACUGAUGCCGACACAGGUCUUGGAACAGACCUCAGCACCACCACACAGUCAGGUGACUUGUCCUCAAAAGAGAGGGACCGGGGCCGGGCCAAAGAUCGCAAGCACCAUCACCACCACCAUCAUCACCACGGUUCUGUAGAUAAGGAGCGAUACGGACAUGAGUAUGGCCACAGACAGUCAAGAGAGACAGACCGCCGCUGGUCUCGCUCGCCCAGUGAAGGCAGAGAGUGCCUGACUCACAGACAGGGCAGUAGUUCAGUAAGCGGGAGUCCAGUCCCCUCAACCUCCGGGACCAGCACACCCCGCCGCGGCCGGCGUCAGCUGCCCCAAACCCCAGCUACGCCCCGGCCUCAUGUCACCUAUUCUCCCGUGGUCCGUAAAACCAUAAGCACCCCCCCUCCAGGCCAGCAGAACCGACUCCCGACCCCCACAUCACGUCGGUUUUCUCCACCUGGCCCUGAACCUCCAGUACCCGCCCACCGCCACCCUUCCCCUCCCCACCACAGUUCUGCCCGGCAUGCGCACUGGGCCCCUAGCCCUUCAGAGAACGUGGAGGGGGACGGUUUCUACGACGACCAAGACUACGAGUUCAAUCACGAACCUCCAUCCUACGAGCAAAGCCCGGUUCAAGCCAACCCUCACCCCCAUUCCCCCAGGACUUCCCGUCAUACUGCCCCACCUCAGGGUCAGCCACAUCCCCGACGCAUGCCGAACGGCUACCGUUCCACCUCGCCCACUGCACACCACCACGCCCCCGCCCACCCGGGACCUCAUAAGCCACCCCAUCCCAGAGGGCCCAGAAAGGGCCUUCAUGAACCCUACAGUGAGACUGAUGAGGAUGAUUGGUGCUAGCCUCUGGGAAGAGGGGAGCGAGGGAGGGGGGCCAGGACGAGAUCAAAUGGGUCCUCACACAGUCACAGGAAUGGACUGCCGAAGAACAGAUAGCCGAUCGUAUAGGCCGGCUCAAAGCAAACAGGAAAAUGUAUUCUGAGCUGUCCAGGGAAACACUAGGCAGUAUUUUGAAUGUUCAUGGGGAAAUCAAGGCAUGAUUUUGUUUCUUGUUUCUUUACAAUUUCUCCACUGCCAAGUGUUUCCCUGUAUGAGAUGGACUGCUUACAGUCGAUGCAAAGACUGGGGAGGUGAAAAUGAAAUCCUUUUCUCAGCCUUUUUCUGAAGAAAGAAAAAUUUAUAAGGAGGUGGAACGUCUGAACUUUCGGGACGUUUCAUGCAGUCCCUUCUUAAGGCCAUAAUGUUGAAAAUGCUAAAGACUAAAAAUGAAAAUAUGAGCUCAUGAAAAAGAAGGAUCACCUUUAUAUUUUGCAUAACUUGACUGGAGGUUCAUUUAAUGCAAAAAACAGUCCAGAUGCUGGGAAAUAUCGAUGAGUUUUAUCAUCUGUGUUUACUGUUAUUAAUUCAAUCCCAGUGAGGCGAUUGCCCAUGUGGGCAAGUUGUGGGUGGGUUGGAAAUGGGCAGCCUGGACAAAUAAGAAAGCCCACCCUGCAUUUCAGACCCCAAACUCAGAAAGCAGAAUCACAAACGAAAAAAAUUGGAGAGGGAAAAAAUGACAAGCUCUUCACUCUUUCUUCUUCGGCGGCUUUGUCUCCUGCUUCUCAUUGGAAACAUUGGAGUUUGAAUAUUCUGUUGCACUGCCCAGCUUUGUUUGAACUUCUAGAAAAUAAAUCCCUUGGAAAUCCUGCAUGAUUGAAAAAAAUAUCAACUGAGAAAAAAUGUAAACAAAGAAUCUUUGGAUAAAAGGGGGAAAAAGGGGGGAUAAAUUCCUUGGCUCUUUUGUCAUGUCUUUAAAGUUCUCUCUCUCCUUUCAAUACCCUCACUCCCUCUCUCUAUGAUCUCUCUGUCUUGUAGGUGUGAGAGGUGAUCUUUAAUGGUUUUACAACAGAUUUGGGGCCAAAUGACACAUGCAAUUACAAAAAAGAAUAAUGAAAAAUGAAAUUAAGCUCGAAACUUUUGUAACCGUUUUAUUUACAUUCCUCUGUCGACGUUAAGGUGAUUUUUUUCACUUGCACCAAAACAGAUAUAGGAGCACACACAUACAGUAUUAUACAUAAAGACCUACAAAACACAUAUAACAGACAUCUCUGAGUACUAUUCCGAGUGUGAUUCCUACCGUCUCUUACACUGUAAGCGUGAUCUUCCAGUCUUCCAGGUUAAAAAUGAAGUGAGAGAGAGGGUUGGGUGGGCUACGAGAGAGAGAGAACCUUUUCAUCUUUAGAUUUUUUUUAUAAUGACAUUGUGUAUGUAUACAGAAAUCACAUAAAUGAUGAUAAUUGAUGAUGGUGAUGAUGAAGAUGAUAUUGACGAUGAUGUUUUUUCAUUUGAUUUUGUACCUGUUUUUGUAUCAGCUGCUCUCUGCAUCGCCAUACAUGUUGUCACGUGAGUUUCGUGUAGAUGGUGUGUGGAGCUCUGUGGUUGUGAUCUGUCGUGGGUCUUGACAGAAACGCGUCUGACCUUCAACUCAGUGUCCUCAGUGGCUCCGUGACAUGAGCUGUUUCCAUGGAAACACGUUCUCAAGCACAUCACUGAGCGUUAAUGACAGUUUGAAGCAUGCUCCGUCUGAUCUCAAGUCUCUGUAACUGUGAACGCUUCUUAUUAAGAGGAGAAAAUAAAUUAUAAUGGGUAUGGAUCUGGGUGAAUGAGAGGAGAGAAUUGAUCAGUUAUUGAAUAUAUUGAUAUACAUGUAACAUUGGACUCUUUAUGGAGGUUUAGAUAGUUUCUAAGUUGGCUAAGGUUAUAAUUUGAGUUUUAGAUCUCCUCUCUUGCCUCAUAUUUAUAAUUUAAAGAAAAGAAAGGCACAGUGUUUGUCAUAUUUAAAAAAGAAAAGGACUCUUAAAGUCACUAGACAUUGAUAAAUGGUGAGAAGGUUACUGAGCUCCACUACCUCUACUCGGUCAGCAGAUGGCGCUGUGAUCCACAUUGUUAAGCAGCCAGUGGUGUUGUUUCUGACCGUCGGCCUCUUUCUGUUUCAUGUUUAUGUCAAUGACCUGUACACUGAGAGUAGUACUAUGUGUCUGUCACAAAUGGUGCACCGUUCUGUUUUCAGGAAAUGUAACACAGCCAAUCGAAAUGCACAGGAACAUGUAACACAGCCAAUCAAAUUGCAUGGGUGAAACAACGACCGGGCCUUUUCUGCCAAAACUUGUCUCUUGUGUCCCCCUGAUCUUUGUGUGUUUUUGACCCACAUCUUCGACGAGGUUGAAUCCUCUGUGGGGUGACCCAGCAUACACGGACACACUGCCAAACAAGUCAUACACCUUGCAGCAUGUGCAUAAUAAACAGAUGUAUGUAGCAUUUA